AUGAGUGAAUGUGGCGCAGGAUCAUCGUCGAAAGACGGCCAGGGUAGUGAGGACACAACGUACCGACAAAGCGAACCAGCUGAUUCUGGAGCUUAUGAGUGUAAUAUCUGUUUGGAUUCUGCACGCGAUGCUGUGGUCAGUCGUUGUGGCCAUCUCUUUUGUUGGCCAUGCUUAUAUCAAUGGUUAGAAACCUGUCCCCAUAGACAGGUAUGUCCUGUCUGUAAAGCUGGAAUCAGUCAAGAUAAAGUGACACCUAUCUAUGGUAAAGGAAGUAACGACAAAAAAGAUCCCAGGAAUAAAUUGCCACCACGCCCUCCAGGCCAACGGACAGAACCUGAGAACCACAAUGCCUUCUCGGGUUUUGGAUUUGGAGAAGGGAAUUUCCAAAUGUCUUUUGGAAUUGGUGCCUUUCCUUUUGGAUUUUUUGCAUCAACAUUCAAUUGGAGUGAUGUACGACCUGGUCCACCUCCUGCAGGCUCUCCUCAUCAUGAAGAAGAACAGAUCUUAUCAAAGGCCUUCCUCCUCCUGGCAAUUGUCUUUAUCUUCUGGCUCCUUAUAGCCUGA